UUCUGCUGAAUAGCCAGCUUCCGAGGACAUAACAUUUUAACUUCGUUUGGAAAUAAAUCUGCAUGUCUCAUUAUGAUCAUUUUUUAAAAAACCUUAGCAGCACAUGGUAAAGAUGGAGAUAAGAUGGCUAUUUCAGGCACAUAAUUUGUUCAUCCUAACAUGUCUUAUGAGCGUUGAAUCUAAAAUCAUCAUUCAGAAUGAAAAAACAGUCUAUGCCUUUACUGGAAGUGAUGUGACUCUUACAUGUAGCAUCCUGAAAGAAGAAAGAGUCUUUCUAACACAAACUCAGUGGUCUAAGAUUGUUGAUGACAUCCCAAAAAGAAUAGUGAUCUAUCAUCCUAAGUAUGGUAUCGAGUACGCUCCCAGGACAUCCAGCCACAGUAAUUUGACAGCAAAGUAUACAGUGGAUACUUACAGUGGAUACAACCAGUGGAUACUACAUCUGACAAAUGUUAGUCUGGAACAGACUGGUUUCUAUGAGUGCAGCUUUGCUGCAUUUCCAACUGGAAUAAGCAGCUCAGAAAUCCAUCUUGUUAUUGAGAAACCCGCUGAGGAAACUUCUGUGGUAGAAACAUUAUUAAACCAGACCCUGGAAAUUCCAUGCUUAAAAGACGUGCCUUCGGUAAACCUGACAGAUGCUCCUUUGAAAUGGUUAAUGAAAGAAAAUGGAAAUGAAGAGAUCCUUAUAACGAAGCAGUCCUAUUACCAGCAUGCCUAUAUAACCAGUUCUACAGUAUAUAAAGAAAGAAUCCAGAUGGAUCCAGAUAAUACAUUAAAGAUUUCACCUGUAUCAGCUCUUGAUGAUGGCAAGAAGUUUGUCUGCUCUGUUGCCUAUCACCCUGGAAGAUUCAUGAAGAGCACUACUGAAGUAAAAGUAUUUGUCAAACCAGAAAUCAGUUUGGCGCUCUACCCAAGUUUCACAGGAAAGGACAAUCUUAUCUGCAUGGUAAGGAAGGCAUUUCCCAAGCCAAACCUCCUGUGGUAUUUGAAUGGAAGGAUUAUGAAGGACAUAUCUGAAGGCAUCAUUGUUGAAAGUGAUACAAAUGAUCGAGAUGGUUUUUAUGAGAUGAGAUCACGAUUAACAAUAAAGAGAACAACUCAGCCACCCAUUCAUCGGACUUUCAAAUGUAUGUGUCUGUACCCAUUGCCUGGAAAUGAAACACGUAAUAUUUCAUCUGAAGAAAUAGCUCUUCCUUUUGAUAUUCAGACUACAGCUUCAACACCUUUAACAUUUAUUAGUCAAGUUACUCCAGUUUCAAAUUAUCGUACUGAAAGAUUUCAGACUACAUCUCCAGCAACCACAGAAGUCAUUAGUCAAGCUCUUCCUAUUUCAAAUUCUCCCACAGAAAGAUUUCAGACUACAUUUCCAGCAUCUACAGAAUUCAUUCAUUCAGUUAUUCCGGUUUCAGAUUCUUCUACAGAAACACCCUUGCACUCAACUAAAUAUCUGCAAGAUAACACCAGUGCAAUACUUCCCAGAUCUUCCACAGUAACACAAAGAAUGAAGACUUCUGCUACCACUACUCCAAACACAUCUGGUACCCAACUCCAUCAGAGCACAGCCCCAACACAAGGUACUACAACAAAUGCAGGACAGACAAAGUUCUCCUGGCCAGCAGUUGUAGCAGCCCUGAUUCUCUUCUGCACGUUUUUAAUCAUUUUAGGUAUCCGGAAAUGGUGUCAGUAUCAAAAGGAAAUUCUAAACAGACCACCAUCUUUCAAGCCACCGCCACUUCCAGUUAAGUACGCUUCUAUUCAAGAAUAUGAUGGAACCUCCAAUGAACUGGAAAAUCUGUAAUCAGCCACAAAUGUUCCAGAAGAAUAAUGAGUUAUUUUAUUGUAUGGCUUUGAAAAUAGAUUGCAAGGGUUCUCUAGUGGUGACCCAUAUUCCAAUUUAAACUACCAAAUAUGUCAGUAAUACCAGGAGCACCAUAUUCCUAAGUACACAAAACCAGUGUCAUGUACCCUGUGCAGUCAAUUGAUGUCAUGGAACCAAACAUAUUAUGUGUCCAUCCUGAUCAGUCACAAAACAUAAAACCAGUUUUCUCUUAGAGCGUCUACAAAAGGCAUGAUUGAUGCAUAUGACAUUCAUAGUUCCUCUCAGGAGGACACCCCUUGUUGAUCAGGGAUGGGGUGGCCAAUUUCUGUAUUGUCAGAGGCCACUUUAUUUCUCAGACAACUUCUGGGAGCUAGAAGUUUAUAUGGAAUGCAUGCCCUCAAGAACAGUAUAAUACAAAUUUACAUAAUGCUUACAUCAUGUUACGUUAAAAAAAUCAAAGAGCAAUAUAAAAGAGAGGUACAAGGUUAAAUCUGUGGAGUUUCUUACUACUUGAAGACUUUGGCCGACAUCCUGACUUAUGAAGUACAAAUGCAGCAAAGGAAGCACAUGCACAUUUGCUGUGUUCCAGAAUAAAGCAGAUCAUGGUCAUGUGGGAGGGGAGUAUGAUUUUUUUUUCUGCUCUCCCCUUCCCUCUGAAGCGCUUGCUAACUGAUCUAGCACAAGGAUGGUAAAUUUUCCUCCUGCACCAAAAAAGGAGCAUUCACUCACCCUUCACUCCUUCCUAGCUGAUGACCGGAGGAACUGCUUUGCCCCACACCCCAGCCACAAGGAAGACACAGACACAUUUCCAUUUGGGUAAAAGGGGCCACAAAUAUAUCAAAGAAUCAAAUUAGUGAACUGUGUGUGGAAUAAACUACACCCCUCCCCUAACAAUGUGGGCCUACGAAAGGCCAGGUUCAGACAUUUCUGCCCUUGCCCGUGUCUUGAAUGGGUGACACACCCUGACUCAAGGAUAGACUGAAACAUUAUAGUGUGUUUGUUUCUUCAUCAUUCUGUUAAAAGUCUGGAUUUCCUGUCUGUAAAAGUACCCGAGAAAACUGCCAAAGUUUGUCAGAAUUUCCCAGGCUUUUCCAAUGGGAGAGUUUUCCUGCAUUUUCUAGGGAAAUUAAGGAAUUUCCCCAGGGGGUUUGAUUCUUCAAGGUAUUUGAAGAAGUGUGGGUGAAUUAUGGAACCUACCUGCAAAACAGCAUGUUUCUUUCAUGCUUUGGUCUGUAAAUAUCAUGGGUGGGUGAGUGAGGCUCAAGCAACUUUAUAUAUAGAUAGAUAAUUAUGCUUAUCACACCUGUUAACAGGUUCAUUUGUCUGUUAGCUUGAGGCCUGGUUUACCUUUACUUCUUCCAAUAGUAAGCUCUCUGCAUCCUGUGAUUGCUUCCAUGCUGUUUGAGGUUAUCUUCUGCUCUUGGAAUAAGGGUGGGAUAAGUAACUGUGUACACCUAAUUAAGCGGGUGUUUCCAUCUUGGUACAUAAUCUUCCAUAAUAUUUUAAACCUGUGAGUAGAACCCACAUUAAUUCAUCUUAGAAAGCCAGUAUGGGGCAGUGGUUAGAGUGGGGAGGCUUGGGUUCGAAUUCCAAUUCAGCCACAAAACAUACUGAGUGAGACUGGGUCAGUCAUCCUCUCUCAGCCAAAACUACCUCACAGGGGUGUUGUGAGAAUAAAAUGGGGAGUGGAGAACCAUGUACAUCACUCUGAGACCCUUGGAAGAAAAUACUGUAAGUAUAUAAAUGAAAUGAAAUAAAUAAAAUUAGUAAAUACAUUUGAUCCAGAGCAGCACGGGAGGAAUCAUAGGAUGGUGAUAGCCAGGUCACUGAAGGUGAAGUAUAAAGUAUAACACCUGUCAUUUCUACCCAUCCUUCUUUACCUGGACUCAGUAUGUAGGUUUUUACACCCAAGUAUCACUUUGCAAGUAUCACUUUGCAAUGUAAUGACAGUGUAUCUGAAAUAUUCUGACAUCAAAGGGCAAAUAUGAUUAUUAUCAAAUUGUUUUCAAAUCUACUACUGUGGUGAAUAUUUAUAUACUGUUUUUAAAUGAAAGUGCUCAAAGCAAUUUACAAAGAAUGAUAAACAAAUAAGAUGGUUCCCUGUCACCAAAGGGCUCACAGUCUAAAAAUAAACUUAAGAUAGACACCAGCAAUAGCCACUGGACAGAUGCUGUGCUGGGGCUGGACAGGGCCAGUUGUUCUCUCCCUGCUAAAUAUCAGAGAAUCACCAUUUUGAAAGGCACUCAGUUAGCAAAAGUUUAAAAAAAUCAUGAUUUUAAAGCUUGGCAUAUGAUUCCAAGAUAAUAUUUUCUAAAUGUUUUGAACAUUUGGUAGUGAUGGAUUCAAUCUUUGACAUUUGUUCCAUGAUCUAGAAUUUCAUGGCUGGAAUUAAAUUCUGCCAGGCAUUUGGGCAUUAGAUGGAGAUUUUUACCGUUGAUUCUGUAUCUUUUGUAAAUUAAUUUAUUUUUACUGUUUUCAAUUGGAUUUAUAUUAUGCUUGUUUUUUAAAAGCCACUUUAUGCACAUUUUGAAAGGCAGUGAAGAAAUAAUGUAAAUAAUAAAACCCGUACCAAUGAUGUUGUAGCUACUUAGCGCCAGAAGGUGGCUCUAUAGCUUUACCUUUCUUUUUGCAGAGAUUAUGUUUCAUAUGAUAUAGGGGCAGAAUCCCAAGCAUAAACCGCUGCUAAAUUUACUCACGUCCAAUAUGGUUGAAAAUAAGUAGGACUUGUAGAUAAAUAGUUAUAAGUAAGUUGAAUAGGUAAGCCAAGACCAUUCUUUAAAAGGUCUUUUGAAAAUCUCAUAUUUCACUCAGAGGGGAAUAGUUUGGAAAUAUAAGAAUAUAUGUG